GCCACCGACUCAUUUUUGAGAAAAUUGGUGACCAAGCUUGGGAUUUUCUCAUUCUUUUCUUGUUCUUGAACCCAGAAAUCCCCCCACCUCUGUUGGAAAUUCCAGAUCUGCUCUGCUCUUCUCCCCUGUCCGCCAUUGCUAUGUGGGUUUGGAUUUCUGGGCAUUUUUCGGCCCGUGAGCCCCCCUGCAGAUGCCGUCGGCUUCCUUCCCAGCCGGAACCGGCCUUUACUUGCCGAAAAUUCUGGUUUUGAUCGUUCUGUCACCGUAGCACUUGGGUUAGCCUUCUGUUCUGUGCGAGUAAGGAAGCGAAACCGAGGACGGGGAAAACCAAGGGGAGUGACGAGUUAGAAGGCUAGCCAUCUUGUAAAGUGAAUAUAGAUUUGAGAUGUAGAUCGUGAUCUUAAGAGUUAGAGUGUAUUUGGAGAUUUUAUGAUAUCAAAGUAAAUUUUUAAAGAUUUU